GCAGUGGCGGCGGCGGCGGCGGCGCGGGCCGAGCGGCUCGCGGAUUGGUUGCGGCGGGCGGAGACGUCAGGCUCCCGCGGCCCGAGCGGCCGCCGGGCUCGCGCGGCGCAGUAGGCUCGAGUGCGCUCCGCAGCGAGGUGGUGUCUUCGGCCGUCCCGCUGUCCGCUGCCGCCGGCUGUGCCGCUAGAGCCGGGACGCGCCUCCGCGCUCCUUGCCGCCUCCAUCCCCGCGGCCGCCGCUCCCCUCGCCGUCUGCACACACACCAUGACGAAGAAAGAGAAGAAGUCCUUCAACCAGAGCCUAGCCGAGUGGAAGCUCUUCAUCUACAACCCGACCACCGGAGAGUUUCUGGGGCGCACCGCCAAGAGCUGGGACGUUUUCUUCCUAGCAAAUAGACUUCUUGUGGGGAUCGCUGUAUGUGGUAGGGAAGUGAUGCUAUCUGAAGGUUUGAUCUUGCUCUUCUACCUAGUCUUUUAUGGAUUCCUGGCUGCCCUCUUCUCAUUCACAAUGUGGGCUAUGCUUCAGACUCUGAACGAUGAAGUUCCAAAAUAUCGUGACCAGAUUCCUAGUCCAGGACUUAUGGUUUUUCCAAAACCACUAACUGCAUUGGAAUAUUCAUUCACUGUGUCUGAUCCAGAGUCCUAUCAAGGGUACAUUGAAGACCUUAGGAAGUUUCUAAAACCUUACAAUUUAGAAGAACAGAAGAACCUCACAGCCUGUCCCGAUGGAGCACUUAAUGAACAGAAGGGUCCAGUUUAUGGUGCAUGUCAGUUUCCUCUUACUUUACUUCAGGAGUGCAGUGGUGUGGAUGAUCCAGAGUUUGGCUACUCCAAAGGAAAUCCUUGUGUUCUUGUGAAAAUGAACAGAAUAAUUGGAUUAAAACCUCAAGGAGAACCAAGGAUAGAAUGUACUUCAAAGAGUGAAAACACAGCAGCUCUAUCAACUUAUCCACCCAAAGGAACUAUAGAUUUAAAAUAUUUUCCAUAUUACGGGAAAAAACUGCAUGUGAGUUAUCUGCAGCCAUUAGUUGCUGUCCAGGUCUCCUUUAAUGCUACCAGCAGUACCGUAAAUGAAGUAACAGUCGAGUGCAAGAUUGAUGGAUCACCCAACCUAAAAAACCAGGAUGAUCGUGACAAGUUUUUAGGACGAGUUGUGUUCAAAGUCACAGCACGUGCAUAGUAGGAGUUAGGCUGUCUCCACAGAGUAAAUGUUGUGUUGUCUGUCUUCAUUUUGUAUCAGCUGGACCUGCCAUUCUAGAAUUACGAGCCCACCUUGGAGAAAGGUGGGGUGGUACAUGACACUGGGGUAACAUUAUAAUGUGCUUCCAGAUCAUAGUGUUCAGUGUCCUCACGUAACUGCCUGUUGCCUCUGCUGCCUUUUGAACCAGUGUACAGUCGCCAGAAAGGGACCGUGAACACCAAUUCCGAACAUGUAGUAUGGGGGUCUUACCGUAUUUUUAUGUGGUUUAAUUGCCAACUGUCUAAAGCUUAAUGUGCUGUGCUAUGUAAAUAUUUUAUAGAUUUAACACUGGUUAACUGUCAUAUUUUGAUGCCAGCAAAGUUUUAGGGAUAAAAUGGUACCUGAACAUCAUCAAGUGACUCUAUAGCUGCAAGAAAUGUAUGGGGAGAAGGUCUGUAUGUGAGGAGGAAAAAAGAAAAUAAAAGUGGAUUUGAAAGGUU